GAACUUUGUUCAUUGGGAUAAAAAUGAACCAAACAGUUUUCAAACCAAAAUGUAGUGAAUGAUAUAUCAUUUAUAUGUCAUGGUUAUAGAGUCAAUCUACUUUGCAGACUGUGUUGAGGCUCAAAGUAGAUGGCCUGUUCCAGGAGUAAAGAAUCUACCUACAUGGCCAGCUGGUCUUUCAACCCCUAUGCAAGCCCGAUGUAGUCAAACAAAAACGAAAAUACUGGAAUAUUAUAAUUUUGCUGAGAGUACAUUUGUAAGGCCAUGGCAAGACUACAAGACUGGAUUCAUAAACAAUCCAGAUGCUACCCGCUCAAAUUAUUUCAUUGGACUUGAUAAGUUACAUAAUAUCACAAGUACUAGGUCACACUCCCUUUCUUUAGCGGUGGAAUCGAAAAUAAACUCAGGUUUCCCUGAAACAAAGUAUAAAUUUGAGUACAAUUAUAUCCAUGUUGCUAAUGAACAAGAACAAUACAAAAUAACAUUGGGGGAACUGUUAAAAGUCACUUGUUUAAGUAAACUAAAUACUGAAGCUUGUUUAACAGACCAAGACUACCUUCUGUCCGAGAGUCAAUCAUAUGAUCCCCUCCUUGGAAUCAGAGGUAUGAAAUUCUCAGCCAAUGACAUGGAUAACGAUGCCUCUACAACAAGGCACUGUGCAGAAGAAAUGGGCGGUGUUGGGUGGUGGUUCAGUGACUGUGCACCUUGUACUAACAAUGCAACAGAUAUUGAGCCAUACUUUGGUAAUAUUCAUAGGCUCUGUUUGCCACAGAUGAUGUACAUGUCAUGCCCACACGCAUAUUGUAACUCUGUCAGUAUUGAAAUGAGAAUUAUGUAAGAGUUAUGUAAGUGCAAUGAUCUGGUACAUAUAAAUUGUAUACCAUGAAUACAGGCAUACAGACAUCAAAGUGAUGAUGCAUGAAUCUGUUGAAUUAAGAUCUGUCUUAUAAAAUGCAAUAAGAAGAUAUUUGUAAGUCUGUAUCGUUA